AUGAAGUUUUUGAAUACUCUUGCGACAUUGGCGAUCAGCACAAUUGCUGCAGCGCAUUGCAUGAAGAAGGGUCAGCAAAUAUCGGCCUCGUUCAUUUCAAACCCUUCCGAUGAGAUGUUACCUGGAGCUAACCUAGUGUACUACUGCACGGAUGAAGAUAUUGACAGCAGCAUUUCAAUUACUAAUCUUGACGUAUUUCCAGGAAUUCCUACCGCCGAAGAUUCUACUGAAAUUUCAAUAUCCGGAAUAUUUCUCAAACCAAUUGAUCCUAACUCAUAUGUCCUACUCAGAGAUGUAGUAACCGGUGAACAACUGAACUCGCAACAGAUUUUGAUCUGUCCCUUUCUAGAGAGCGUCGGCUAUUCAUGUCCCUCUGAAAGUGGACCUUUUCAUAUGGAGUUCGAAUUCAUGGUCGGGAGUCUUCCAAUCGUGAAAUCUAACGAUAUUUACAUUGAGCUUUACGAGCCAGCAGGUAACCAGAUAAUAUGUGUUAAAUCUGCAUAUAGCCUCAACAACGACGAAGACCAAGACAUAUACUUGGAUAGAUCAGGUGCGAUCGAUUUAUAG